AGAGGCUGUCUGUACGUGUGUGACUACGUCCCCGGGCUGUCCAUCAGGAAAGAGGUUACAACACGCGGCGCUCGCCUACGUAACGCUAUAGUAGGGGUGCUUCCCACGCAAUUACGCCGCGAGGCUAAGUUCACGUGUCGGUCCCUAUCUUACGAGGGGAACGUUGAGGCAGGAAGAACUGAACCACCCUGCGCAAGGUCAUGCUAACGUGGGCCAUUGUCAGAGCCGGGACGUCCAACGCGGGGCUCUCCAACGUGGUACCGGCCGGGAUCCGGAGAGCAGCUCCAAGCUGCAGCCGACGGUUAACUAGCUUUCCGCCCCGGAGAGCGAGCGGACCCGGGCGUACGCCUGCGCGCUCCCUUGCGCCCCGCCCUCCAGCGGGCUCCUCCCAUCCCUUCCACCUCUACCACUCUUCCCCGGCCCAGUCGCCUGCGCAAGGCAUUGUGGGACACAAACAAAGUGCCCCCCAAACAGGCUGGAGGGAGCGGAGCAGCGACAGCGGCGGCGGCGCCCGGGCCCCGCACGCGCCGCGACCGCUUCCCCCCUCCCCCCAACCUCCCCCAUCCCUUUCCCCUCAUUACCCCCCCUUCCCCCUCCCCACCCCGCCGGGGGAACGCGAGCCUCCUCCACGCUUCCCCAACCGCCAACCGCCCCCCAACGGCCGCCCGCGCGAGCGCGCCGCCGCCGCUCCCCUCUCUCACCGCCCCCCGUCGCCGCCGCCGCCGCCGUCGCGAGGGGGUGGCUCGCUCGCCGCCUUUCCGCCCACCUCCGAGACAGCUCGGCCGCCGCCGCCAUGCCCGAGCCGCAGGCUCUCCACCGGCCUAGCCGCGGCGGCCCGAGAUAGGGUCCCCGCCGCCGCCGCCCGGGGGAGGAGAGAGGGAGAGCGAGCCAACCGUGCGCUCCGCCCCCUCCCCCUGGGGCUGUCGCCGCCGCCGCCGCCUCCGUCGGGCGGGGAAGAGGAGGAGGAAGAGGAGGAGGAGGACCAGGCCGCCGGGCCCCAGCACCGCCGUCGUCACGGUUCUCCACAGGAGAUUUCUGAUUCAUUUGCAUCACUGAAGAGCAUCUGUAGAAGAGGAAGGAAAAGAUGGGUGUGAAAACAUUUACUCAUAGUUCCCCUUCCCACAGCCAGGAGAUGCUUGGAAAACUAAAUAUGCUUCGAAAUGAUGGACAUUUCUGUGAUAUCACUAUUCGUGUCCAGGACAAAAUCUUUCGGGCACACAAAGUGGUAUUGGCAGCUUGCAGUGAUUUCUUUCGCACCAAACUUGUUGGCCAAGCAGAGGAUGACAGCAAGAAUGUAUUGGAUUUGCAUCAUGUUACAGUCACUGGAUUUAUACCCCUUUUGGAGUAUGCUUAUACAGCAACUCUGUCAAUUAACACAGAAAAUAUUAUUGAUGUCCUAGCUGCAGCCAGCUAUAUGCAAAUGUUUAGUGUUGCCAGCACCUGCUCAGAGUUCAUGAAAUCAAGCAUUUUAUGGAAUACACCCAACAACCAACAGGAAAAGGGACUAGACGCUGGGCAAGAAAACAAUACUAACUGCAGUUUUACCUCCCGAGAUGGUAGUCUUUCUCCAGUGUCUUCAGAAUGCAGUGUGGUAGAAAGGACCAUUCCUGUUUGCCGAGAGUCCCGGAGAAAGCGCAAAAGCUACAUAGUUAUGUCUCCUGAAAGUCCACUUAAGUGUAGCACACAGACAAGUUCUCCCCAAGUGCUAAAUUCUUCAGCUUCCUAUUCAGAGCCUAGAAAUCAACCAGUUGACUCUUCCUUAGCUUUUCCCUGGACUUUUCCAUUUGGAAUUGAUCGAAGGCUUCAGUCAGAGAAAGUUAAGCAGGUAGAAAAUCCCAGGACUUUAGAACUACCAGGUCCAUCUGAGGCAGGUAGAAGAAUGACUAGUUAUGUGACAUGUGAGAGUACAAAGGCCAAUUUGCCUUUGACUACUGAAGAAGAUGUACAGGUCAAAGUGGAAAGGUUAAGUGAUGAGGAAGUUCAUGAGGAAGUAUCCCAGCCUGUCAGUGCAUCUCAGAGUUCGCUGAGUGAUCAGCAGACAGUGCCAGGAAGUGAACAAGUUCAGGAGGAUCUUCUAAUUAGUCCCCAGUCGUCUUCUAUAGGCUCAAUAGAUGAAGGAGUUGCUGAAGUUACAACACUCCAAAACUCCUCUGGCACCAAUACUCAUGCAGAUGAUGAAGAUCGAUUGGAAAAUGUUCAGUACCCCUACCAACUCUACAUUGCUCCUUCUACCAGCAGCACAGAACGACCAAGUCCAAAUGGUCCAGAUAGGCCUUUUCAGUGUCCAACUUGUGGAGUCCGAUUCACUCGCAUUCAGAACCUUAAGCAGCACAUGCUUAUCCACUCAGGCAUUAAACCAUUUCAGUGUGAUCGCUGUGGGAAAAAGUUCACCCGGGCUUACUCGCUAAAGAUGCAUCGCCUAAAGCAUGAAGGUAAACGCUGUUUCCGGUGCCAGAUAUGUAGUGCCACUUUCACUUCCUUCGGGGAAUAUAAACACCACAUGCGGGUUUCCCGGCACAUUAUCCGCAAGCCUCGGAUUUACGAGUGCAAAACUUGUGGCGCCAUGUUCACCAACUCUGGAAAUUUAAUCGUUCACCUGAGGAGUCUGAACCAUGAAGCGUCAGAGCUAGCAAACUACUUCCAGAGCAGUGAUUUCCUAGUACCGGACUACUUAAACCAGGAGCAGGAAGAGACCCUUGUUCAGUACGAGCUUGAAGAACACAGUUUUGAAAGCAGUUCAUCUGUCCAAAUGCCUGUCAUUUCACAGGUCUCAUCAACUCAGAAUUGUGAAAGCACUUUUCCCUUGGGGUCUCUUGGUCUGACAGAAAAGGAGGAAGAAAUGCCAGAGCAGCCAAAGACCAGUGCCAGUACUGAGACAAUUAGAGAUGACCCCCCAAAAUUGGAGCUGUCUUCUAUUACUAUUGAAUAAUUUCAUGGCUUGGCAUCAUUUUUUUGUUUUUGUUUUGUUUUGUUUUAGAAAGUGCCUGUGCUUGGUCCUGUACAUUUUUAAUUUAAUUUUUUAAAGCAGAGGGUAUAAGUGUGUAUGUGUGCGUGUGCGUGGGUGGGUGGGAAUCCUUUUUACUUUUGUUAGCUAUGCUUUAAACAGAAAACUGCAACAAGUGUCACAUUUUUCAUAACAGAUCACUCUUAAGAUUGAGUGUACAAUAAGAUCAUGUGAAAUCAUAAUAGAAGCUGUGAUACACUUAAGGAAAACUGAAACACUUAACUAAUUUCUUCUUCCACCAUUAGCAUAAUGGUGGUUGUCUCUUAUCUGCAAGCCAUUGAGUAAAGAAGAAAUCAGAAGAUUUUUAAUCUGACUGAAAUGCAAAAAAAGAUGCCAGAAAUAAAUUACCAUACAUACCAAUGUCCUAAGUAGAUAUUUAUCCCUCUACUCAGGACUUUGAAGAAUAUUUUGUAAAGCCUACUGUUUUCUUGAAGUGUUUACAGUAAAGUUUUUGUUGUCACAUUAUUAUGGUAAAUAUUUCUGAUAAUUAACAAAAUUGCCUUUUUGAAGCUGUGUCCUUUUUUAUGGUACUUCAAUGUUUCAACAUUAUAGAAACACUCCUCCAAAUAUAUAUUUCUUGCAUAUGUGGAGGUAUACAAGAAACAAUGUUGUGUUGUGGGUUGUUUUUUUUUGUUUUGUUUUGUUUUUUUUGGAGUCCAGCUGUGCAUUUAGAAAUUGAGAACAUAAGGAAGGAAAAUACUAUAUAUCCUGUCCUUAGAGAAACUAGUCUACACAUCUUCAUGCCAUAAUUUUUUUUGGAUGAAAAUGUUUACCUUGAACAGUGACUGUUGACGUUCAGCUAGGUGGUUUAUUGUCCGAAUCUGUUUUCUUCUUGCCCCCAUCUUCAUUGUAUUUUACUUUUCAAAUAUUUGUCUAGUAACAAAUUUAUUGAAGAAAAAAUAUUGGAGUCUUUUAUGUUUAUACACAUGUAUAUGUACUGUUGGGGUAUUUUCAUUAUUCUGUUUGGGAUAAAAUAAGGAAUUCUCUGUAGAGGCCAAGUACUUAACCCAACAGGAGAUUGUUUACAAAAUGCCUAUAUGACAGUGAUAUAUUGUCUUUUUCCAAAAUAAUUUAAACUAUUGCCAAGUUUAUUUAAGACAGCAAUUACUAGAACUUAUACAAAUAGUUAAAGCAAUAAAGUUUAGAAGUUCAUGGUUCCAUCUUUCCAGCUUUAAAAAAGAUUCAGUUGGAACUGUGGUGGUCUUUUAUAUUUAUGAAGUCAUCUGCAACAGAUCUGACAAGUACCAUUAGGGACAACAGUAACAUUAGAGCCUUAGAUUAGUGGGUAUUCCUCAUGCUGCUAUGGUGUUCGACUCCCUGAGUCAGAAUUUGAAGCGUCUGUGAUGCUAGUGAUUAUGUUCUGUAGUGAUCUAGUGCCAUUAAAGCAUCAUUGAUCUUGAGCCUCCAAAGAAAAUAUAUGUUGAUUCCAUGGGUUAUGAAUUUGAAGUAAUUCUUUAGUUCUCUAUAUGGUUACCCAAAGUAAAUUAUAAAAGCACUUGAGUGGAAUAUGAAAAAGAAAUGCAAAAACAAUACCUGAUUAAAGCCCAAAAUAUUUGCAUUGUUGUCAA